CACCAUGCUACCCCGAUUGUGCCGGUUAUGUUAUGAUGCUGUUGAAUAAUCUUGUCGCCAACAGUGCCAAGGGGAAGAAAAAGAAACAAGUAGAACAGUCUAAACAAACUUGUGACCUACAACAAAAGCUCUCUAGAUAAAGUAUCUUUAAAGAAAGUCUCAAUUCAGAAACAAGUGAAAAAUUUAUUCCCCUCUCUGCACUUUACCCUUCACUGUUCUGUUUCCACAAAAUUGACGUAAUUAUUCCUUGUAAUUCAAGUUUGGGAAGCUUCAAAACAAUACUUUAGGCAUGCAAGCAUGACGCACGAUAACAAUAAUGACACCCUCGUACACUUAAGUAAGGUCACCCGCUCUCCUGGCUUGUUCAAAGGAAAACCAAUAUUUUACCAAUGAUAGACUUGAAUGAUAAGAAUACUGAGGAGUUUUUGUAUGGUAUACCUCCUUCCUUUAUAUAAUAUAAGACGUGCAUAUAUUGGCUUUGUCAUAGUACUUUAUAUACGUCAAUCUGUCAAUAAUUUUAUCCACCCACAGCUUCCGGCUAUUGACACUAGCUCCCAAUAUUGUGAUACAUAAGUAUCCGAUAUUGGGCCGACAAUGGGCAUUCCUUGUGACUUCAUAUUGCCAAUUGAUCACGCCAGAACUCCGUUUCCAAGAUAUUCGUUGAUAAAAAACAUGUUUUUUUGCCAAAGACAGUUAAAACGUUUGUAUUGAAUAAUCUCCGUUUCUUUUUAUCUUACCUCACUUAUGGUACAUAUUUUUAGAUUCCCACCGUUUUAUUUUUUAUUGCUACAGCGCAUGUCCCUCGAGCUUGGAUGUUUUGCGACAAAUAAUCAGAAAACAGAUGAACAAUAUUAAUAUCUAUUUUUGUUACCUUAGCAGAAUAAACUUUUGUUGAGAAUUUAUGAAAACGUGUUCAUGCAAAACGUAACGGAUCUAACCUGAGAUAAUUGUGUUAAAUGGAAUGUAGGUAAUCUCGUGUUAUUUCUAUGUAGUUGGAUGAGUGAAAACUACACCAAACACUGGUUAAAAAAUUUGUUUACAAGUUAAGAAAGAAAGACGUAAGAAAAAUAUUUGCAUUCUGAGAGAGAGCUAUUUAUGUAAGUUUUAAUAAACCUUAACCCAAUAUCGCCCUUUUAUGGUAUGAGUCUAGUAUGGAUUGGUCACUCAAGUAUCCCCACUGAGAGAGACGAUCUUUCAUGGCGGAUUCGAAAAAAGUCGACGAUCUAGCCUUCCGAUUCUCCAAGCUGAGAGAAAAAUGCAUCAGAUCCGGAGAAUCUAUUGAAAAUAUUCGAUGGGAGUUCUUGCGAGAUGUUCAUCGAGUUCCAAAAACUCAAUCGAAAGAAAACGAAAGCAGUUUUUUCGCAUGGAACAAGAUAAUUUGGUUUCUUAUCCUGCCCGCAAUCGCUUUGUUGUUGUGUCAGUUGACUUUGGAAUACAACCCAGACUCUAAAUGCCUCAUUGAGCCAGAUUUCGUGGUUUUGAACGAGAUGGCGCGCAAACCAACCAACUGUUCGCUGCUUUGUGAAGGCGUGAAUGAAAUACAACGGGUCUCUAAUCUUUCUAAGGAGGAGUUCAUCUCCACAUACGCAUAUUCAGGAAGACCUGUGGUUAUUACCGAUGCUGCACAAAACUGGUCAGCCGUGGGUGCGUUCAGUUUCAAGUUUUUCAAACGCCUUUACGCUAAGAGUGAUGAGGCAGAUUUAGAUAACGUCGACGAGGGAUGCAUGUUUUUCGCCUACAAAUCCGGUUUUCAGUCUCUAGCAGAUGCUUUAAGAAUGUCAAAUAAAAGGGCACAAUGGAAAGGGAAGCCGUGGUAUAUUGGCUGGAGUAAUUGUGAUCCCAAUGUCCGUCAGAUAUUGCGCAAAUACUAUGACAAACCUUACUUUAUACCACAUGACGCGGAGACAGGCGAUCAAGACUGGAUAUUUAUGGGAGGGCCUGGACCUGGUGCGCCCAUACACAUUGACAUGGUGCAGCGUCCUUCGUGGCAGGCCCAGCUGUCAGGACAAAAGAUGUGGACCCUUAUUCCUCCUCCAGAGUGUGAACACGUCUGCAAGACAGUACAAGUGACAAUGCAGAAAGGAGAAAUCAUUGUCCUGGACACCAACCAGUGGUUUCACUCCACGAAAAUUAUUCCCACUGGAGAAUUGAGCAUCACAAUUGGAGCAGAAUACGACUGAUGUUUUGUUCUAAACUUGUUUUAUUUCAUACACCAGUAAGGGGUAAGAGGCGAAAUAAUAUCCGUGAGUUAUAAACAACUGCAACUUAACGCAAGUGUAUCAGUGAAUCAAUCAUGUUAUUAAAAUAAUAUGUAAAACCUUAUUUCACUGUCUACUUACAGACUGUGUAUGUUAACUGUUAAUUCCAAAAUAAAAAGUGGUUAAAAUUUGACAAA